UCGCGAACAGUGGGCCGCGAUGUUGCAUUUUUUUACCGAUCGUCCCUGUAUGGGGAGGGUGGUUUGCAACUUACUACCGGAGGUACGAUGGGAGCCGUGACAGACGAUGACAGAGCGCCUUUACCGCCUGGGCCCCAGCAGCAGGCCGCCGCCGGAGUGGCGGCAGCUCGAGCUCGAGGCGCGGAAUGACGGUGCAGUCAGGAGAACAGGCGGAUGGCCGUUCGAUUUGGCGACGCACGUUUCGGUGGACGACGCCCGCAUCGUUACAAGUAUGCGCGUCGACCCCGUCUUGGGCUGCGGUGGCCCUUCGUUCCCAGGGCCCGCGGCGUCCAGAAGCGCUAUAAGGAGCUGCACAGCAUUGCAAGAAUGUAAACCCCAUUACAUCGAGUCGUGCCCAGCUGUCAACCACUACAGAGCGUGAUCCUGCCUUUGCCUACCCGCCUGGUUCAUGUCUACUGCAGCCGUAUCGUCGCUAUUGUUGUUGUAAAGGUCCGCAUAUUCUCCAUCGAGUUCUUCAGUGCAAGUGAUGUCGUCUGGCUCAGGCAGCUGCUGCCAAACACCGAGGUUGUGAAGCACGACACAAACUGCGAUGAUCUUCGACGUGAAGAGUGGGCCAUAGUACAGUGUUCUGUACCUCUGCAAGCACCGAAAGUGGGCCUUGAGGACUCCAGUGCACAGUUAUACGACGCACCGCAGUGAAGAGUGGGUGCGGUGGAAUCGGGCAGCAGAGGAUUCUGCAGGAUGUGCUCCAGGGAUGGGGUUAAGCAGCCAAGGUUGAAGCGAGUAUGCACUAUCACCUGUGGAGGACAGUGUUCCAAUUAGCAUAAUAUGAAUGUAUACAUGAAUAUGUACUAUUCCUUUCUCACUUCUUUUAACUUAUUCGAAGACAUCGUGUCACUGAUAUGCACUGCUUUCCUUUUUUUUACAGCUAGACAUAUUCACAGAAUUGCUUGUCUGGUUAGGUUACAUAAUUACGGCUUUUGAAAUGCUCCAACGAAAAAAUGGCUUUAUCAACUCAAUUCCUUCGUCAGGAGGAAUGACAACGAAGCUACUGAACUGCAGCCCUUAACUUCUUUCAUAGAAAAGAAGGGGCGAGUGACAGAAGGCGCAUCUUCUUUGGUGGUAAGGGUGUUGUUCUUUCUUUUGGGACUGAUGUGCGGCUGCAGACGGUCAGCGCAUUCAAGGCUUGGUUUCCCUUAGAUUUUUUUUGUGCUUAGGCCGUCAAUGAGACGUGACAGCAGGUUUCUUUUGCAACCGUUUGAGUUGUUUUUUAGUGCUUUUUAUGAACCAUGACUGAAAUACCUUUGAGUUGUCAGUUGACUUAUUUUAUUGCUAUAUAGCACAUGGCUGUGCUUGCUUAUUUGUAUUUUUUAUACAAGUUGUCCUUUCUACACAUAAUUGUAUUUAUGAAUGUACAACAUCUAUGGCAGUUGUAUUUGAUGUAUUCUUUUUUUUAACAUAGCCUCAGAUUGUAGCAUUUUCUGUAUCAUCGCAUGCUUACUAUUUAUUAUUUCACCACUUUAUAAUAAAGGAUCAUACAAUCUCUUCAUGAAA